AUGGCUACAACCCGGACCGAGAGGCUGCUCUGCUCUGAGUGUCCCAAGACUCUGAAGAGCACGACAACGCUUCGAACGCACAUGAUCAAACAACAUGGUUGGAUCCCCACCCGCAAACGCGGCCGACCACCGAGACCGUCAGCCGUCAACGCAUCUACAGCCCCUGCUCCUCGACCGCAACAGAGGAAGCAAGCGACAGAAGCGGGCAGGGGCCAAGCCACGAAGAGCUCGCGCCGUCGCAGCUUCGCCGGUGAGGUUGUCGACCUGCGCACGCCGUCGCCACGUUUAAACACCAGCACCGCCCAUGCUCUUCCGACCCCGCCCUCCUCGGCUGGCAAGGGGGUCAUCACGGCUCCGACUUGGAGCACAGCCAAUGCGGAGCCCGAAAGCGGUGCGAAUCUUCAGCUACCACAAUAUUCGCCUUUCGACUCGAAGACCGACGAGGUGGACGAGAUCAUCUCCGUGCGCUCAAACGAUGAUGCCGUCAAGUUGGAGAAGGGCAAGGAGCGCGAGAAGCCUCGAAAGCGCAAGCGAUCCACACGCGAGAGAACACGACCCCCGCAGAAGAGGCUUGCCAUCCUGUCAGAGUCACCACCCGAUGAGGAGGCUCUCGCCACUCCGCCCCCAACUCCUCCAACUACCAAGCCCGCGCACACAGGCAAGGACAAGGGGAAGGGCGCAAUGCGCCCGUCGCCCCGUCCCUCGGAGACGGGAUCAGAAUAUGAAGUGAUCCAACUCCCAUCAGGUUUCGACAAAUUCCUCGACCAUGGCCUGGGGCCGGAGGAGACUAGGGAGGAAGAUGGUUUCCAGCCCAUGCGCCGCCGCAGAAGCAAGGCGGGAGCGUCCCUUGAGCAGCUGUUCCCCAACCAUGUGCCGCUCAAGCGGGAAAAAACGCCGGUCGCUCCUGAUCCCAGCAGCUCGCGAUACGCAAUCCGCGUCGAGGACGCGGGCCCAGAGGAUGAGACGCCCCGCCAUGACGGUCUGAAGUCUGACUCUGGCCUCAUCCUGAAGACUAGGACACCGUCUCCUUCGCAAGAAGCUCGUGCACCGGGGUCUGCCUCGGCGACAGUCGGCACUGAGGCCGACCUGAGCCUCCAGAAGGAGGAGCCCACGAAGGACUCUCCGAGGACAGAGCCCCUCGCUCAGUUGCCUGAGCAGCCCGAGCAGCUGCCAAAGGAGACCGAGCUGGAGCAGAAGAGCGACGCAGUUGGCAACAUCAUCACUGCCAUCCAAGCAACUACCCUGAAGAAGACUGAAGAGGAGCAGAUCACGGGCCGCGGGACCAUGACCGAGCUCGUCGCUACCAGGGAGGCAGCAGCUCAAACUGAAGCGAUCGAGCCGCACGCUCACGACAAGUCUUCCGACGAGCCCGCCGAGCUCAAACCUGUCGGCGUCAGCCCCACCCUGGCAGCUUUGGCCGGCGGUGGUCUCGCUUCCCUCCUGCCAGCGCUUAUGGCACUGCAGCAGGGACAGCAAGGCGGCAUGAAGCCCGAGUACCACGCCGAGCAUGAUUGCGCGUUGGAAUGCGAGGUGUGCCGCGUCCUCGCCACUGUGCUCCAUGGGCUGCACCGUGGGGGGAUGCUGGGAUCCUGCUGUGGGCGCAAGCAGUAG